GAGCUGUGGUUCCUUGCCUACCUGGAUGACACAAGUCAUAGAUCUAACCCGUACUUAGCCAAGAUGACAGAGAUAAGCACUAAGAUUAGUGGGUCAGCAGUGAGGUAUGGUGCCUCGUAUGGAGGGAACAAGGUGUUUGGAAGCAGGAGUGGUGGAGCGUUUGGGGUCUCAAGAGCACUCGGGGCUGGAGUGGGUUCAGGGUCUGGAUUUGGUGUCAGAGUGGGUCUUGGAGGUGGUUAUGGAGGUGGUUCAGGUGUAGGGCUUGGAGGUGGUUAUGGAGGAGGUUCAGGUGUAGGGCUUGGAGGUGGUUAUGGAGGUGGACUAGAGAGUGGUCUCGGCCUAGGUUUGGGCGGUGCAGGUUAUGGGCUGGGUAUAGGUUUGGGGGCAGGAGGGUUAGGUUUGGGAGCUGCAGGGGGAGUGAGUGGUAGAAUAGCAAGCUUGAGGGCUGCAGCUGCCCCACUGAGGGCUCGAUUCGGGGGGCGUAGUUUUAAGAUCGGAGGUUAUGGCUUCAGCCCUUCCUUCUUUGGUACCACAAGAACGGUAGAGGCAGGAAUUUUGGAAAUGCCUUCUAUUGAUCCCUCUUUGCCCUCUGUGGAUGCUGUCCAAGUUACCCGCCUGAAGGAGAAAGAAGAACUGCAGUCCUUGAACAAUAAAUUUGCAUCCUUCAUAGAUAAGGUCCGAAACCUGGAACAACAGAACGCUAUCCUGAGGGCUCAGAUCUCCAUGUUCACAAACCCAGACCAGGCUGGACCAGGCAACACCACAGUGAUCAUGACCUCAGCAAUCGGUGCCUACAAAGCACAGGUCGAUAGCUUGACUGCCACCAAAGAGGCAAUGAUUGCAGAAAUUACCCAUUUUAAUGGAGUUAUUGAGGAGAUCCAGACUAAGUAUGAAGCAGAGACAGCAAGCACAAAGACACUGGAGCUGGAAUGGACCACACUGAAAGAGGAAGUGGACAACUUAUACUUGACCAUUUUUGAAUUGCAAACCAGCAUAACUAGUAUUGAAGAUCAGAUCAUCUUUUCCAAGCAGAUUUAUGAAGCUAAAGUAAAGGAGGUGAGGAGCAUCGUAAGCGGUGGGGUGAAAGCAGCUUUCUCCAUUUCGGUUGACAACGCGGCCCAGGCUUUGGACCUGACCGCAGCAUUGGGUGAUGUGAAGUCCCACUACGAGGCCCUGGCCAUGAGAAGCAAGCAUGAGUCCUUAUCCGCGGUCCAGACCAAGAUCUCCAUGGUGUCAGGUGCUUCACAGCCCAAUAUCCAGGCCCUGACCUCAACAAAAGAGGAACUCAGACUUUAUAAACUCCAGAUUGAUUCUGUCAUCAGAGAGGUUGAUCGACUAAAAGCACUGAACAUGCAGCUGGAAUCCCAAGUAACAGAGUCUGAAUCCAGUUCAAGCAACAAUACAGAACAGUACCAGGAACAGGUUGUCACACUCAAAUCUCAGCUGGACGACCUCAGAAAGCAAAUUGCCCAUUAUGGCCAAGAAUACCAAGAACUGUUGGCAAGCAAGAUGGCGUUGGACGUGGAGAUCACUGCAUACAGGAAGCUUUUGGACAGUGAGGAGACUAGGCUGAGCUCAGGAGGUGGGAUCACCGUUCACAUGUCCAAGAGUGUGGUAGGAGGAGGAGGAGGAGGAGGAGGAGGAGCUGGAGCUGGAGCUGGCCUUGCUCUGGGAGGUGGUGGAGGAGGCUAUGGCUUUGGCGGAGGCUAUGGUUUUGGAGGAGGCCUGGGUCUUGGAGGAGGCUUUGGCCUUGGAGGAGGUGGAGGUCUGGCCAUUGGAGGGGGUUUGGGAUCUGGGCUUGGCCUCAGCCUUGGUGGUGCUUCUCUUGGAAUCAGCGGCGGUGGUGGUGGCGGCAGCAGCAGCAGCUACAUGUAUUCAGACCGUUUGUCAUCCAGUCUUAAUUCCAGUUCAGUUUCCUCCUACUAAAAAAUGCCAGAGGAAAACAUAUUACAGACACCGACAACUUCAGGGAUCUUCUGAGGCAUCUUUCUUUACUUGCGACAAUACCGAUCCUCUGCAUGAAUGUCAAACAGGAUAAUGGAUUCAAUGGAAAAGGAUCUUCCUUGGGGGCUUUCAGCCGCACAAGGUUGUUCAUUGUGUGCCUGGUAACCUGUAGCCAUUCCUCUUAAUAAUGGCAAGCUACUUUGAUGCUGAAUUCUCAUACAUUUUAUGCAUUUCAAGUAAAGUGGUUGUUCUACCUGCACUUGCUCCCCAAAUAAAAAGCUAAUCCAUCA